AUGCAGCGCGAUCUGCAGAAGAGGAACCGAUCAAGGACAUCCGGCGAUGAAUCUGGCUCGCUAAGCAGACAAGAUAGAUGGCGAAAAGGACUCAGAGGCAGCAGUGAUGAUGAAGGAGAAUUGACUGAAGAUGGUUACUCAGAUGAGGAUCUCCGAAUUGGUGGUCCGGACCUCUGUUAUCUUCCAGCAACAACCAGUACCCCUUACCAAGAGUGCACUGCAUAG